AUUCCCAAAGGGGGUCAGAUAGAGACAGUGACUUGAACCUCUUGCAGGUCAUGGCAAAGCUCAGGAUUGAAUCUAUGGGUAAAAACAGCAAGAUGGUCAACAGCUGCUCCUCGGCUAUGUUGGUUAUUGGUGAUGAUGAUCUGAUUGAGCUUAUUUUGGUUUUAUCCAUGAAAGCCCUUCUCCCACUCUGCUCUCUUAGCUUGAUUCUUCAGAUUUCAGAUCAAUGUGAGGAAAUAGAGCAGAUUAUGAAUGACUAUUCGUGGAAAGGAGUGAAAUUUGCAAAACAAAAAACAGAAUUCCAUGGAAGGCGUUGAAAGGGAUAGGCUGAAUAGAAACCGUGAAGAAAUCAAGGAUAUCAAAGAUAAGGAUCCUGAGAACUGAAAGUUGCCAAGCAGGACACUAAAGUGGAUAAAAAGAAUGAGAAUGACGCCAACUUGAAGCAAAACAAAGCUGAUAAGGAUGGAAGUGAUAAAAAAGCACCAAUGGAUACUAGUCAUAUUUGCUCCCUUUAAUCAAUGGGCAAAAAAAGAUAUCUCACUUGGAUUGCUAGAAAUAAAACCUACACAAAAGGCAGCUUCUUCCUCGAGAACCAUAUUCACAAGAGCAAAUAGAUGAGAUUAAAGAUGCUUGAAUUGGGCUAGAUAUAUACUUUACGUCUUUACUAAUCAAUGUGUGUAGUAUAAUUACAAUAUUGUAAGACAUGGUUUGUGCUUAUUUCUAAAGUUUUAUAUAUUACUUGAUUGAUUGUGAUGACAUGUGUAAACCUUUAUGAUUUGACACUAGAGUGAUG